AUGUGGUUGUUCAAUCCUCUCAAUGACCAAAAUCAAGAAUGUGGAAAGAUCUUGCUAUGUCCCGGCCAAGAGUACACGAUCAGUCGAAAAGUGGGGGACAUUGUAAUACAAAGCGACCAUUCUAUCAGCAGGAACCAUGCAGUGCUCAAGGUGGAUACAGCGACGAAGCGAUCUGUGUACAACAAAAAGUUCAAACCAUCCAUCCUGCUUGAAGACAUCAAAGCAAAAUACGGCACGUAUGUCAAUGGAAAGAAGCUCGAGACCGCCUUGUAUCUCUAUGAUGGCGACGUCGUCCGAUUUGGUGCUCUCAAAAGCUAUUUCAGAUUGAGAUGGGUACCUGUUGUUGUUUGUGUUUCGUCAAUGGGCUCUGAAGAUAAGACCAAAGUUGCAGAAAGCGCAGCAUCACUAGGCAUCCAAUUGAAGAAAGAAUGGGAUGGUGAUUGCACACAUUUGUAUAUGAAGGAGGUUGACGACACGCUCAAUUUCAUGCUUUGUUUGGUUCACGGGAAGCCUAUUAUAUCACUUGCAUGGUUCGACGCAUUGUUGGAGAUGGGGAAAACGAUCGAAUUUACUUGGCCGCCAACCGAGGAAUAUUUGCCACCCAUUCGAAAGGCGUGCAAGAAUGUCAAACCAGAACAGUGUUUACCCAACAAUAGUCGUGCUUCUUUGUUUGAAGGCUUGGAAUUUUGGUUCUUUGAUGAGAACAAUUACAAUCGAUAUCACGCAGCAAUUCAAGCAGCAGAAGGAGACGCCAAGUAUUGCUCCAUGAAUCGCACUUAUACCAUCGAUGCAGUCACCGAAGAAAAGCGUAUCAUAGUGGCACCACCAAACGAUCGACAUGCUGUAUUUCGCGAGAUCAAGGCAAAGCUUAAGGAUAGGCAUCGACGUUAUAUUGAGAGCGAUGAAAUCAUUACGGCUAUCAUUGAAUGUUCUACCGAAAGGGCGUGUAACCCUCGAUUAUCACGACACAAUGAGCAAAAGGAUGAGCAGGAUGACUUGUUCGACCUUGAUGAAGAUGAUCCAUUACCGCACAGAUCACCACCUCAUGCAAGGGACGUGACACAAGCUUCAACAACGACGUCAAAUGCACUUGAUGAUAUGUUUGAUGAUAUUCUUGGUGAUGAUAACGACGACCCACUUCCUCCACCAUCACAGCUGAAAAAGAAUACAACAUCUCAACCUGCUCGCACAAUGGAACCUUCUCAAUCAUCAACGACUGUUACUCAUCCUUCAACCACUACGACUACUACUACUGCUGCUGCUGCUGCUGGAUCACCACCUUUAGCUCACAAUGAGACAGCCACCUCAACCACCUCAGCUGCUGCUUCAACACCACCACAAACCUUAUCUCGCAAUGAAGCAAACCAGCAACCAAGGGACACAUCCACCGCUGCCGAGAAUAGCCGCCGGAGAAACGUAACACGCAAAGCCAAGAUUAUCACACCCACGUGCCAAUUGGUUGUGUCACGAUCAUCACCACAACAACAAGGAACGCAACGAGCCAUUGAUGAAACACCAGCAAAUGGAAUCCCCAUCAAUACAAAGCGAUUCCGAAAGGAAACGGAUGUUGGAGGCACACAAUUGAUGGAAAGACUGGUGCAUAUGAGGACAGGAGGUGGUGGUGGUAUCAAUUAUUCACGAUUUGAUGAUGAGGUCCAUCAAGGUGGUGGUGAAGGAGGAGAUCCAUUUUCAGAUAUUCGUAUCCGAGUAAAUCGUGUCAGCACCAGCUCUCGUCGAGGACGACGUUAA